AUGCAGAGCCACGAACUGGCUCCGCAAGCUUGUCAGUCGUGCAGAUCACGCAAGAGAAGGUGCGACAAGGCACUUCCCAAGUGCUCCUCCUGCGCUAAACGAGGCCGGACAUGUGAAUACUGGCGGCCAGAAGCUAGCACGCACUCAACUACCGCUUCGGACCCGAAGAGGGGAUGGUACCCCUCUCCGCUGGACGAGGACCAGCAACAGGAUGUCCGCACUAUAGACUUUCCAACCCUCCUCUUCCUCGACCCGGGCUUAUUGCAUCACGGCCAGGUGGACACAGCGCAAAGCAUGGUGUUUGUUCCACCUCAGAUCCUGCAUCUGCUCGGUGGCCUGGAUGAGAUCCGGUUGACUGCAGGCCGGUUCUUUGAACACAUCCACCAGUGGAUACCAUUCAUCUCCAAAAAGAGAUUCUACGAUAUGUAUCUGCAGCCUGCAUUCCACACUCGCCCCGAUGCAGUCCUGUUACUCUUGGCUCUCAAGUUAAGCACCACAUUUCCCUCGGCCGGGGCGCGGGGACCCCGCACUCCCUUGUAUGACACUGUUCGGCGUUUCUACGUGGAGGUCGAAGGCGUCUUCUCCAUUCUCGUGUUGCAGGCUGGGGUCCUGGUGGCGUUGUAUGAACUGGGCCAUGCCAUCUACCCGGCGGCGUACCUGUCGAUUGGGGCAUGUGCGCGGUACGCUCACGCGUUGGGCAUCAAUGCUUCUCGCGCAGUGCCCACCCGGAGAGUGCUUACCUUUGUCGAGGUGGAGGAACGGCGGAGGGUCUGGUGGGCGAUCGUGAUACUCGAUCGCUUCGUCAGCAUCGGCUGUCCGGGUCGACCCUUCGCCACAGCCGAUCCACGUCUGGACGAUCUUCUACCAGCGGAUGAUGCAGCAUGGGACCAGGGGACAGUCCGACCAGAGGACCUCUCGACCCUGUCUUCUCCAAGGACGGGCCAUAUGAGUAAGUUCGCUCUGCUCUGUCAGGCUGCCCGACUCCUGGGGCAGGUCCUGCACCACCUCGAAAGCGACGUCUCCAUCCACGACGAGGUCUGGAUGCAGCUCGAUCGCACCUUGCAGUCGAUGCUGGCUGCGGCAUUGAACAUUGACCGUCCGGACUAUGAUCAGAUUACCUUUGUGUACAGUGCGCUUGUCGCCCUGUAUAGCCCGUGGCUUGUCCCGGACCGAGCCGCUGAUCCUCACAGCGACCGGUUUCGACGGGCACGAGUCGUGCUGGACCAAAUCACCGACCGUAUCAGCGCUAAUUUGGUGGAGCGUCAGUGUUUUCUUGGCCGCGACCCAGAAGACAUGUCCCCAUGGGGGCUGUACUUUGCCUACCGCAUCUGCGGCGCGCAUAUGCAGGGUCAACGGGAGACGCCACAUGCGGCAGCGGUAAUGCAGAGUCUGCGGGAGGCGUUUCGCACAAUCAAGGUGCGGUGGAAUGUGGCGAGCGUGUAUCUGCAGCUAUUGGAGGCUCGGGAAGCGAUUCAUCUGGGGAUAUGA